CGCUGUGAUCGUACCGAAAAUGAACCGCGAGUGGGGUGUUUUUUCUGACGUUCCCUCGAUAAUUGUGACCAAUACAAGAAAGUAUAACGGGCAAUCUGUAUAUAUCGCCAACAGUACAACCUUGCAUUUGCAGUAAGUACGCGAGGUACACAUCAACAUUUACCCCGCCUGUUUCUUAAAGUGGCAUGAAUGCGGCAUCAGCAGCAGAAAAGGAAAAGCAGACACAACCUCCUUCAACCAUGGAAGUCAGCAGUAAAGACGCAGAAGCCACAGCAAUUAAACACAUCAUCACGAUGCUUCAACAUCCGGAGCAACUGGAUAAGGUUCCGCAGUUCAAACGACGUGUGGCUCGCAAAAAGAGCUCGGCAGAGGCGAUGCUGAAGACAACACUUCAGUCGCAGCUGGAUGGGUUCCGCACUGCUUUGAGCUUACAAAAAGGAGCACCCGCAGAAGUGCGAGAAGUGCAACAACUUUUGAACAGUAGCGAAACGAAAGAAGUCUUUGCAUCGCUGGGAGGCCUUGCCAUGCGUUUGCAAGAAGUUAAGGAAGAAAGCAUGCGACACUCCCAGUAUGGAGCAGCGAUAGAGAAUUUAAUGCACAUCUACAACGUUUCCGAAAGUGUCCAGAAAACGCACGAGCUGAUACAAAACGGAAGGCUGCUACAUGCCCACCAGGCGUUGGUCGACCUGGAAAACUCACGGGACGACCUGUUAUACGAGCUCCACAAGCUGCCCAGUCAAAGUCCAACAGAUCGAAACAUACUGAAACAGUAUUUCGCGGAUGUUGAGAAACUUAGCGACGAAUUGGGCAAACAGAUAUGGCUGGUACUGAAAAGGACCCUAACGUCAGUCAGGAAGGAGCCGCAAAUCAUAGUGACAGCUUUGAGGAUCAUUGAACGAGAAGAAGUUAGGGACGCAACGAGAGAUCGAGCAGCAGCUGGGUUUGUGCCCCCCGGAAGACCCAAAGGAUGGCGAAAGCGUUGCUUCGAAGUCUUGGAAAGUGCCGUCGAGGACCGUAUCGAAGGGAACCAGUUUGAAGAAAGGCACGACAACAAGAUGUGGCUGGUACGCCAUCUGGAAGUGACGAGGCAGAUCAUUGUGGAUGACCUCAAGACGGUGAAGAGUGCGUGUGUGCCUUGCUUUCCACCGGAAUAUGAGAUAGUAGAUAGAUACUUGCACAUGUACCACAACUGCCUUUCUCGGCACCUUCAGAGCAUAAUCACGAACGAGUUGGAAGGCAAUGAGUACAUCACUGUCCUGGGCUGGCUCACCACAUACAACGGCGCCGAAUUUCUUGGGGACCCAGACUUGAACAUUGACACCGAUACCCUGGGGCCAUUAUUGAGCAAACAGGAAGUCCAGAGACUGAUCGAGAAAUACCUCGGAACGCUGGUGGCAAACUAUCAGGACUGGCUUAGGAAUGCGCUCCAAUCUGAUGUCAAGGAUUGGCACAGAGAAUGUGAGCCGGACGUUGACAGCCGAGGUUGCUACCACACGGCAGGUCCCAUGAUAGUUUUUCAGAUGGUUGACCAGCACUUGCAUGUGGCAAAAACUGUGGGUCCUGAUCUAAUCAGGAAGGUGCUCAGCAUUGGCCUGGAAGAGACAAGCAAGUUUGUCGCUGGCUACAUGGGGGCCGUCACAGAAUUUAAGGAGAAACACUUUGAAGACAGAAGCAAGCACAAGUACUUCACACAUUACGUCAUUGCGGUGGCAAACAACAGCUGCCAGUUUCAGCAGCUGUUUGAAAAGUCGUACCGAGACUGUUGUAACCUUGGAAAUGCAGUCAAGGCCGACAAUGACCUCUCUCGGGUGUACCAUCGGCUUCAGCAGAGUUUGGCCCGCCUUCAAGAGCGUGCGCUCGACGCCCUGCGUGAAGAGCUUUUCCUCGACUUGAUCAAGGAGCUGGCUGAUAUUAUGACGAGAAAGUGGCUCAUGUCCGGAACUAACAUUGUCGACACCAUGUCCGCAACAGUGGAGGACUACCUGCGGGACUAUACGCGUCUACUUCCCAGUAAUCUACGGGUUCUACUGGGACGCAUCCAAGCUCAGCUGGCCAGGUCGUACGUCCAGUCCAUUCUCCAACGGAAGAUCACUUUCAAGGGUUACGAGGAACGCAGAGAUGCGGCAGAGAAAAUCAUCCGAGAAGGCGAAAAAUUAAAAUCUCUGUUCCACAAGUCCCAUCCCCAAGUGUCUGAGAAAGGCUCCUCGGCGUCCCAGGCGACUCGUCCUCAAGACCCCCUGGAUGCCCUGCCGCUCUUGGCGGAAGUGCUCAAAAUGAAAGACACGAGCCUGCUGAGCCUGGAAGUUUCCGGACUUAUCAAGCGUUACCCCGACAUCUCCGGAGAACACCUCCAGUCGCUGCUGCUCCUCCGCGGAGACAUGGGACGCAACGAAGCCAGAUCCCUCGUGGCGGAAAUGCGCGCUGAAGACCCGUCGUGUCCCGUCAUCGAAAGGAGCAUCUUUUCCGAGAUCACACUGACGUGAGUCGCCGCCAAGUGACAAGAAUUCACGUGAGCGGCACGGGAGUACGUUGGUCGCCGACGUCCCUACUGGAUGACGCACCGACGUCCUAUUCCUGAUUUUUUGUUUCGUUUUAUUUAUUUCUCCAUUGAUGGAAAUUUAAUGGAAUUUGAAGUGCCUUUACAUAAUACGGUUACCUUCUCCUUACAGUCCCUUGCGCUUUACAAACAUGAUCGGGCAUACUUUAUGAACAUACUGUGCAUGUACAUAUGAGAAGCUUAUAUGCGGCUGCUAUUGCAGGAAAGUAUUCUGCGAUCCCAAUGACUUCACUGUUGUGUGUCACAUCACCAUCUGGGGAGCAGCACUUGACAUAACUUCCCAAAGCAAUGGUCAAUCACUUUGGGAUUUACCCCGAUUGAAUCACAUUCAGAGCUCUAUAUGUGGGCCGACACAGUGCGCUAGCAAUAUUGAGUAAUUGCUGAACAUGGCACGGCAAACUUUUACAGCUCGCUACCCUGUCUGUAUGUGUAUCACAGUGCAUGGUGAUGUAUGAUGCAAGUUGUGCUUGUAUAAUAGGAAUUCAUAUAAAAUUCAAGUACAGAC